CAUGCGCUGAAACGCUGCUGACAUUUUCAAACUGGACGGCGGGUAGCAGAAGAAGUCUCCGGAGAAAAAAGAGGCAGCCGCAGCACUAAUAUCUUCUAGAGGAGAACCUGUUCGUGAUAGUCGGUACCAUGACGAGCACUCUGAAGGGAGUCACCCUGAAAGGAAGCGCGGAGCUGGUGGCCGAUUUCUUCUCGUUCGGCAUCAACAGCAUCCUGUACCAGCGGGGCAUCUACCCUCCAGAGACGUUCACCAAAGCCUCACACUAUGACAUGAGCCUCCAUAUCACCACCGACGCCAAGCUGAAGAACUAUCUGACCAACGUGGUGUCUCAGCUCAAAGAGUGGCUGUUCGAGUGCACGGUGCAGAAGCUGGUGUUGGUCAUCACGUGUCUGGAAACCAACGAGGUGUUGGAGAGAUGGCAGUUUGACAUCGAGUGUGACAAGUCGGCCAAGGAGAGCAGCGCUCCCAGGGAGAAAUCCCUGAAGACCAUUCAGGAUGAGAUCCGCUCUGUCAUCAGACAGAUAACCGCCACGGUCACCUUCCUCCCCCUGCUGGAGACGCCAUGUGCUUUUGAUCUCCUGGUCUACACUGACAAAGACCUGGUCGUUCCGGAAAAGUGGGAGGAGUCCGGCCCACAGAUUAUUGACCAGUCCGAGGAGGUGCGUCUGCGCUCCUUCACUACCUCCAUCCACAAGGUGGACAGCAUGGUGGCUUACAAGAGGACCAACUCAGUUUAACCCCCUGAACUUGCUCCUUAAAGUCAAUUUUACUGUCCCCGGUUCACUUCACCAAUGGACAUAGGACUCGUUUCCCUUUCCUGACCCUCAUUUUGUCUGAAAGCAAAGUGAAGCAAUUCUGCUGUCCUUCCUGAUGUAAAUAUUUCUCUUGAACUGUUUUCUCUCUGUUCUCCUCCUGUUUUAUCAGAUAGUGCUUUGUGUCCUACUUUUAAAAACUUACCAAUUAAAUGCAUUUUGCUUGGCCCAGA